CAAACUUGUCUAAAUAUAUAUCUUAUAUAAAAAUAAAUAAAAUAAUAUGAAUGAAAGGCGCUGGGUUGGCAUCUCCUUCCUUCCCUUCUCCUCUCAUUCAGCUUGAAUCUGAAUGAAGGAGAAGAAAGUCCCUUUCAUCGACGAGAAAAAGCUCAGAUUUGUCUCGAUGAUGAUGAUCUAAGAGUCAUAGCAUAGCCCUUUGGCGAGAUUUCCUCCUUUUUAUUUUUAUUUUUUAUGUUGAGGAGUGGGGGAACCGAUUACUCCACGAAGUAAAGGGAAGGGAUGGGGAUAUUGUACGGGAUGGUGGCGAGAGGGCAGGUGGUGUUGUCGGAAUUCAGCUGCCCCACCACCACCACCAACGCCGGCGCCAUCGCCCGCCAGAUUCUCGAGAAGCUCCCCUCCGGCAAUUCCGACAGCAAUGCCUCCUUCUCUCAGGGCCGCUACAUCUUCCACGUCAAACGUACCGAUGGCCUCACCGUCCUCUGUAUGGCUGACGACGCCUUUGAGAGAAGAAUCCCGUUUGCAUUUCUUCAAGAAAUCCACCAACGAUUUGUGAGAAGUUACGGUCGUGCUGUCCAAACUGCUGCACCAUAUGCCAUGAAUGACGAAUUUUCUAGAGUUUUGAGUCAGGAGAUGGAGCGUUACUUGACAGAUCCAAAUGCAGAUAGAUUAAAUCGGUUGAAAGGUGAAAUGAGUCAGGUGAGAACUGUUAUGAUAGAUAACAUUGAGAAAGUUCUGGAAAGAGGUGACCGCUUGGCAUUGCUGGUGGAGAAGGCUUCCACGCUGCAAGGGAAUACUCUAAGAUUCAAAAGGCAGUCUCGGCGUUUGAAAAAUACCAUGUGGUGGGGAAACUUUAAGCUCACGGGUGCUUUGCUGCUGAUUCUUGCGAUCAUAAUCUAUGUCGUGCUGGCAUUCCUCUGCGGUGGUCCACUGAUGCGUUCUUGCCUUGGCCAAGCAUUUGGUAUUAUUUAUGUUUAGAAUGACGGACAGUGUAAGAUGUGACGCACUCAGGUUUCCAGUUUCUCCCUCAAAAGACGUAUGUUUCUCUGCAAAAGUUAGUUGUUUUUUAAUUAAUAUAGUCUCUGGUCUUCCCGGACAUGAUUUAAAAGAUCAAA